CAAGUUAAGGAACAGUUACAGCAAAGAGAACGAUUGGAGGCCCAAGUUAAAGAACAAUCACAGCAAUCAGAACGACUAGAAGCCCAAGUUAAGGAAGAAUCACAGCAAAGAGAACGAUUGGUGGCCCAAGUUCAUAAACAGUCACAGCAAUCAGAACGAUUGGAAGCCCGAGUUAAGGAAGAGUCACAGCAAAGAGAACGACUGAUGGCCCAAGUUAAGAAACAGUCACAGCAACUAGAACGAUUGGUGGCACAAGUUAAAGACCAGUCAAAGCAAAGAGAACGAUUGGAGGCCCAAGUGAAGAAACAGUCACAGCAAAGAGAACAAAUGAUGGCCCAAGUUAACAAACAGUCACAGCAAUCAGAACGAUUAGAAGCCCAAGUUAAGGAAGAAUCACAGAAAAGAGAACGAUUGGAGGCCCAAGUUAAGGAACAGUCACAGCAAUCAGAACGAUUGGAGGCCCAAGUUAAGGAAGAGUCACAGAAAAGAGAACGACUGAUGGCCCAAGUUAAAAAACAGUCACAGCAAAUAGAACAAUUGGUGGCCCAAGUUAAGGAAGAAUCACAGCAAAGAGAACGAUUGGUGGCCCAAGUUAACAAACAGUCACAACAAUCAAAACGAUUGGAAGCCCAAGUUAAGGAACAGUCACAACAAUCAGAACAAUUGGAGGCUCAAGUGGGGAGCAGUCACAGCAGACAGAGCGAUCAGUGCUACCAAAUUAAGGAACAGUCACAGCAACCACAACGAUUGGAGGCCCAAGUAAGGAACAUUCAAAGCAGACAAAACCAUUUGAGGUUCCCAUUUCCGAAAGAGGUGGUACGAGAAGAACCAUUUUUGAUCCAAGAAGGGAACAGUCAAAGCGCACAGUUCCCAUUUCAGAAAGAGGUGCAGCAAUCAAACGAAUUUUUGGCCCAACAAACGCACAGUGACAGCAGACAGAACGAUUUGCUCUACCUUGGUAACGAAGAGUCACAACAAAGAGAACGAUCGGUGGCCCAAUUUAACAAACAGUCGCAGCAAUCAGAACGAUUGGAGGUCCAAGUUAAGGAACAGUCACAGCAACCACAACGAUUGGAGGCCCAAGUAAGGAACAUUCAAAGCGGACAAAACCAUUUGAGGUUCCCAUUUCCGAAAGAGGUGGUACGAGAAGAACCAUUUUUUUGUGUCCAAGAAGGGAACAGUCAAAGCACACAGUUCCCAUUUCAGAAAGAGGUGCAGCAAUCAAACGAAUUUUUGGCCCGACAACCGCACAGUGACAGCAGACAGAACGAUUUGCUCUACCUUGGUAACGAAGAGUCACAACAAAGAGAACGAUCGGUGGCCCAAUUUAACAAACAGUCACAGCAAUCAGAACAAUUGGAGGUCCAAGUUAAGGAACAGUCACAGCAACCACAACGAUUGGAGGCCCAAGUCCAAGUUAAGGAACAGUCACAGCAACCACAACGAUUGGAGGCCCCAGUAAGGAACAUUCAAAGCAGACAAAACCAUUUGAGGUUCCCAUUUCCGAAAGAGGUGGUACGAGAAGAACCAUUUUUGGUCCAAGAAGGGAACAGUCAAAGCACACAGUUCCCAUUUCAGAAAGAGUUGCAGCAAUCAAACGAAUUUUUGGCCCAACAAACGCACAGUGACAGUAGACAGAACGAUUUGCUCUACCUUGGUAACGAAGAGUCACAACAAAGAGAACGAUCGGUGGCCCAAUUUAACAAACAGUCGCAGCAAUCAGAACGAUUGGAGGUCCAAGUUAAGGAACAGUCACAGCAACCAUAA